CCGAAUGCCAAAGGAGCGCCAGUAAGCAUAUCGCCGUGAAUAUUCAUCCAUUACAACAUCCACUGAAAAAGAAGGAAUACCCAACUUGCUCCCACACUAGGUCGACAGCAGCAACUCGAACAGUUUCUUCACAUUGUCGGUCAGCCCAUGUCACAACAAGAUUCCGCAUGCGAUCCAUUCACAACGCAUCAGGAUUCUUUAUCCACGCCCAUUUUAUCCAAUGACCAUGAGGUUAGAAAACAAGAAGUGAAAAAAAAGCCGUCGAUGGAUCGAACAAUCAUACCUACUCUCAAUGCCACAGUUUAUUCAGGAUGACGAGCAACGCGCUUACCACAUUCAGGAAUUCAUCAAGACCGAAGUGUCCUAUGUAGAAUCACUGUGUGGCCUUGUGGAUCUUGUUGUACGACCAUUACGAACCGAUAGUCAUACCAAAUACCCAAUUUUGAAUCCCUUCAAAUGCACCAAAAUUUUUCUCAAUAUUGACCAAAUCCUCCACGUCAACCAACAAUUUCUAGACGAAUUACGAACCAACUCCAAACAGGCCAUGCCCUUUGGCGACAUUUGCGCAAACUAUGUAAGUGGUCUUCUCGUAUAUUGUAUUGCAGAAGAACGUCAAAUCACCAUAGAAAAGGAAAUAAACCAAUAAUAAGAAUCCUCUUUUUUCUUCCAACACAACGAAACAUUGGAUCCAAUUUGUUUGUUUCAAUUAGAUGGCGAAAUUUGAAUGCUACAG